UAGGCCGUCGCGCCUGUCAUAGUAGGUUUCGGGCAGCGCCGUGAUGGUCUACAAAAGCCCAACCUUAUUUCUGCGCAUUCCUCCCACCUUCGUGUCGACCUAUCGCUCCGUACACAGUCCUCGAGACCAGCUGCCCAGUCUCGACGGCUCUGACAUAGCGAUAAGCCAGCCAUACACGCACUUCCAGGGCAGUAGCCUCAUAUCAGUUGCUGUACAACAAUGGGGAGUGGAACCUCGAAAGUCGACCAAAAGAUGCAGGGCCUGGAGGAGGAGUUGGAGAAGCUCAAAGAGUUCAUGCGUGAACAGCAGAAAACGGGGGAAACCUCGUCCGAAGCGUUCAAGCGCAUGGAGGAGGCAAUAGCACGCGCAGAGAUGAUGGCGCGAGAACAGCAAGAGGCUAUGCGUAGGCUGGAGGAGCAGAUACGCCGCGCCAACGAGGGCCGCGCCCGCGGGGAGGCCGGCGCGCAGAGGGCGCUGGAGCAGGAGCAGUACGCGAGGCGAGCGGAGAGGGAUGCGGAGCAGAUGGCCGACGCGGCGCGCCGGGCGACGACCGACGCGGAGAGGCAGCGCCUCGCAGGAGAGCAGCCGCUUGCCAGCCCGACGCUCGCCCAGCGCGAGGCAGCCAUGCGCAAGAUCGGCUACGAGGACGGCCUGUUCCACUUCGCCGUCGCUGGAGUCUCGGGCAGCGGCAAGUCGUCGCUGAUCAACGCCCUGCGCGGGCUGCGCAACAAGGAUAGGGGUGCCGCACCCACCGGCGUUGUAGAGACCACCGACGAGAUCGUCCGCUACCACGAUCCUCAAGCCGAUAGGUCCUACGUGUGGUACGACGUGCCCGGCGCUGGGACGCUCUCGGUUCCCGACUGGCAGUACUUCACCGACAUGGGGCUUUAUGUGUUCGACUGCAUCAUCGUCGUCUGCGACAACCGCUUCACGCAGACCGACGUCGCCAUCCUGCGCAAUUGCCUGCGUUUCCAGAUCCCGACGCUCGUCGUGCGCUCCAAGUCGGGCCAGCACAUCCGGAACCUCGCAGACGACAUGGGGGGCGUAGGCGAUGACGACGAGGACGAGGACGAGGAAGAUGUAGGUGAGCGGAGGAAGAGGGCGCGCGAGCGAUACAUCCAGGGCACGCACCAGGUUGUUGAGCGGGACCUGCAGGCAGCGGGCCUGCCCCCGCAGCAUGUGUACCUCGUCGACAAGGACGUGCUCCUCAGGAUUGUGAGAGGGAGACAGGCCAAGGGACGAAUUGACGAGAAGGAGUUGCUGCGGCGUAUAUUCGAGCUGGCACCCCCGCAGAUUGACGGCUCCGAGCUUGAGUCGACGACGUCGAUGGAUCUGAGUGACCAGUGGACGGACUUCGGCGUCCAAUCGACUCGGAGCCCGUUGAUUACGCUCGGGCCGCGGCCGGAUUCGGAUAUGACACUGAGUCCGUGGAUGGACUCACCUUCGAAAGUCUAACUCAUGACACUAUGACCUCCACUGUUGCCAACACGCAUACUUACCUUGCAGUCGCUGUGUUGUCGUUUCUUCAGGCCGCCCCCUUCCUGUACAGUAUACUUUGCUACUGAGUUCAACACGGCCGUUCUCCAGUAAAGCCGUACCAAUCCCAGAGAGUGGUUGGAUAAUCAGCUCACUGGCACUGAAGCAGGUACGCCCACGAUGGU